CAUUAAGAAGUCGGGUAGUUGAGUUCCGGACAACGAAGAAACAAUAAUGUCUCUGGAGCAGACUUGUAGGAAGCUAAUGAUCCAGGGUGUAGUCCUGGCCGGCGUUCUGGGACUGGCCAGAGGAUAUCUACCCGAUGUGAAUAUCUUUACCAACUACCGCACUGAAGUCUACAAUGGAAUUCCAUCGGAGAUUGAUACUACACCUUUUGUCCGGAUCGGUGAUAAUUAUUACUAUAUAGAGCCGGUAAACAAGGUGAACUGGUUCCAGGCGGCGGGCGCCUGCCGGAUGAUGAACGCCCAUCUGGCCUCCAUCGAGGACAAGGCCGAAAUGGAGGCCCUCAUCAAGUACAUGAAGGCGAAGGGCUUCAAGAACAAUGAUUACUUCUGGAUCUCGGGCAAUGAUCUGGGCACUGAGGGGGCAUUUUAUUGGUUAUCGAAUGGCAGGCCCAUGACCUAUGCCCCCUGGAAUGGUCCCAAGCAAAUGCCGGACAACUACGGCGGCAACGAGAACUGUGUUCACAUGUUCUCCACCCGGGAAAUGAUAAACGAUGCCAACUGCAAGAUCCAAAUGCUGUACGUCUGCGAGGCGACGGAGCCCAAGACCUUCAAGUUCACCUACAUAAAAUGGUAAUUGUAAUUACACUCAAAGCAAAUCAAGUUAAAAAUUAUACAAAAAAUUAAUAUAUAUUUUGUAAAUAUAGAAAAUGUAAUAGAACUAUUUUUGUAAAAAAUUAAUCCAAUCUUUAAAGAAACAAAUCAAGUGAAAAUGUAUUCAAAAAAAAUUCUACAUAAUAUUUUUAAUAGUAAUAUUUUUGUAAAAAAGAACAAUAAUCCAAAAUUCCUAUUUUUAUAAAAACAAAAAAUAAUCCAAAUUUUUUAUAAAAUCAAAAAAAUCUACAAAAACUUUCUUUAACUUAGCUUUC